AUCCUCUGCUUGUUUGUUCCAUUGUCUACAAGUCUUAACCUACAAACUGUUAUAUCGGUUAGAGGAAGUUUUGGACCAGGUUACUGGAUUGUUCACCACCUUAUAUCCUCUGGAUGUGCGUUCUGACCAACGAUGUUUCAAUGGACCUGAAUGAGGAAGGAUUAUUUUGGUCCAAACAAUAAAUUGCUUGUUCGAACAAAAACGCGCGUGUUGCUCACUGGUAAUAAACGCAAUGAUCAUCGCCGUGAUUUACAUCGUUUUACCACUGUUUGAUGUGCUGUUAUCUGUCGAAGACUCUUUCUUUACUAGUGCGAACCGCCUGGACUGUGUUAAGGCGAACGAGUUGUGUCUGAAGGAACCGGGAUGCAGCACAAAGUACCGAACUAUGAGGCAGUGCGUAGCGGGGAGGGAGAGCAACUUCAGUAUGAUGACUGGGAUGGAGGCGAAGGAUGAAUGUCGGAUUGCUUUGGACGCUCUAAAACAGAGCCCCUUGUACAACUGCCGGUGUAAAAGAGGCAUGAAGAAAGAGAAGAACUGCCUACGCAUCUACUGGGGAAUCUAUCAGCAUUUACAGGGUAAUGAUUUACUUGAGGAUUCUCCAUAUGAGCCUGUGAAAUCCCAGCUCUCAGAUAUAUUUCGACUGGCCCCCAUCUAUUCAGGUGAGCCAGCUCUGGCAAAGGAGAACAACUGCUUGAAUGCAGCAAAGGCCUGCAACCUAAAUGACACCUGUAAGAAAUACCGUUCGGCUUACAUAAGCCCCUGCACAAGCCGGGUCUCAAUGGCUGAAGUAUGCAACAAGCGGAAGUGCCACAAGGCCCUGCGUCAGUUCUUUGACAAGGUGCCUCCCAAGCACAGCUAUGGUAUGCUCUUCUGCUCCUGUCCUCUAGGAGAUCAGUCCGCUUGUUCUGAGCGCAGACGCCAGACCAUCGUGCCAGCCUGUUCAUAUGAGGACAAAGAAAAGCCCAACUGCCUGACAUUGCAAGCAUCCUGCAAGACCAACUACAUCUGCAGGUCUCGCUUGGCUGAUUUUUUCACUAACUGUCAUCCAGAAACUCGCUCUCUCUCUGGCUGUCUAAAGGAGAACUAUGCCGACUGCUUACUGUCAUACUCUGGCCUCAUUGGUACGUUGAUGACCCCAAAUUAUCUGCGUUCCCCCAAAAUCAGCGUGUCUCCAUUCUGCGACUGUAGCAGCAGUGGCAAUAGCAAAGAAGAAUGUGACAGAUUCACUGAGUUAUUUACAGACAAUGCCUGCCUACGUAAUGCAAUCCAAGCAUUUGGAAAUGGGACAGAUGUGAGCGUGUGGCAACCGAUGCCCCCAGUGCAAACAACCACCUCUAUGACAACACCAUCCCAGAGGGCCAGGGUUCGAGACCGAUCACCCAAUGCAAUAGAGCCGGUGGGACACAUUAACCACCUAAACCCUGGUGAUAGCUCACUCUACCCAUUCUGUGGCAGCCUCCAGGCUCAAAAGCUGAAGACAAACAAUACAAUAGAUGUGCUAUGUGUGGACCCACAGAUCGAUGACCCCAGCUCAUCAAAUGCCAUCUCCAGGAACUCCUCCAUUCGACAAUCAUCUAUAUCAGGCUUUAGCUUUCUGCUGCUCCUGCUGGCUACUACAUACUCAUGGCUGCAUCAUCCUCUGCAGUGAUGUUGUAGCCACGUGAGAACAUAAAACCUGGACAGUCUCAAUCUGUGCAAGGUCGAUCACUGUUCCUGUCCAAUCUGUUGUACUCUCUCACUUUCUCUCCCGCUGUUCUUUCUGGUUCUGUGUUCGAGAGCUUUUUUUGAUGCUGUGUUGAUGCAAAAAAAGCUAAUUGAUCUUGGUGUACUCAUCUUUCUGUCUCUUCCCACUUGUUUUUGCAUCGGAAGAUGAAAUAUGAGAAAGACAUGUUUGCAACAUUCCCAUGUGAAAUUGCCUCCAGUAUGUUGAUGGUCAGAACUCAUAAGGGCUGCAGCAAGAGAUAAAUCUGUGUAUGAUUGCACCAUCCAUUGCUUAUUGGAAAACAAAUUACACAGAAUCCAAGACACUAUAGAACAUUUGUCAUGUUUGAGACAUGGUCACUUUGUUUUCAUAAACUGUUUAUUUUGUCUUGGUUUGGUUGAGAUUUUGGUGUAAAUAAGAUCCUCACUAAUUGUGUUCCUCUGUAACAUGUCUGUAGAUUGAACAUAUAAAGAAAUUCACUUUCAGAACAUUUAGAAAAUCCAAAAACAAGCAUUAGAAUGUGAGAGGAGGGUUAAGGGAGAAGAGUAAUCAAGAGUCUGCAAUCAAAGCAUUGUUAACUAGAUAACAGUAUCUUAUUUGAAAGUGUACUGUAGAGGCCUGUUUGAGAAUUGUGCUCUUAUCAUAGUGUUUUUGUGCAUGACUGUGUGUGUAUCAUGUUUGUGUAUUUGUUUGAAUGUGGCCAAGAUUAAGGGAAAAGUAAGUGAACCUGUCAAUAGAACUGGGGUUCAAAACCCAAUACAUUAUGCCAUAGUUGACAAUGCAAACAUGGACUGAGGCCAGAACAGCAUUAGUUCUUAUGUAAUCAUAUGAUAUUUCAUUUUGUCCCAGUUCUGCAUUACAAGUAUAACAUUAAAUUACACAUCAUCACUCACUUAGUGUAUAUUCAUAUUGCCUUUAUGAUUUGCUUGGACAGGGAUUUUUAAACUUCGGCCUAUAUUAUAUGUGCUAAAAAGUCAUAUAUGUAUUAAAUAGCCAGUCUUUUGUACUGUAUGUCUAUAAAGAUUUCAGAAUCGGAUACUGAAAGAAUCAGUAUCGGUGAUCCAUUAGUUGCAUCAUAAUUACUUAUUAAAAUCACAGAGCAUUUACAAGAUCUUUUAAAAAGUACACAGAAGACUUGCACAAGAUAUCAAUACAAGGCAUGUGCGGUUAACCACCUCAGCGGUACAUAUUAAACAAGUCUAUAUGCUGCUUUGGUUCAUGUGGCAUUUUAAACACAACAAAACAAAAAAAUAUCCGUAGUACUCCAGGUAAUUUAUGGUACAUUUCAAGUGCUAUAAGAAACACAUACAUAUGUAUGUUUUUAGAGCCUGCAAUAGAUUUAAAUUGAGACCUGGUUGUACAAAGUAUCAUCAUAUUGGAUGAUGAUGUAUUCCUUUUUCAGUAACUACAUACAGUAUAUGUUUUUUGUUUAGAUAGGCAAGGUUACAGUACAAGUUUAAGACUUUCAUCUGAAAUUAUUGCUGUCCUGUUGUUUUCCAAAAUGAAGGAAUUGCACAACAGCCAUUUAUGUACUAUAACUCAAUGUUGUUGUUUUAUGUAAUCCAAAAGAAAAAUCUCUUAUUUUUGUAUUCUUUGCAUUAUGGGUUUAUUUAUUGUAAUGUUGUCUCUCCUUCUAGAAGAAGAACAGUAAAUGUAUGAACAUUUAAAAACCAAGAAUGAGUGAUGACAAAUGCAAUAAAGGCUAUUGGACACGUGUAUUAUUAAGGAUUCUACACGGGCAUUCUUCAGGGCAACACUUUGGUCAGCUGCAUUUGAUUUUGGCAUUGAGAUGCGUGGAGCAACAUAAAGUUGCUGUGAAUGUGUUUGUUUGGGAAUAGGACAGUAAGAAUCCCACAUGUAAAACCAAUAUAUAAUUCUGCCCAUUCACAUUUCAAUUUUACAGAGCAUUUA